UCCAACACUGUCAAAAAUUUUAAGAUGGCGGCUGGCGAGGCGGUGGAACUUAGUCAACUUCAGAUACCUCAUUUGGAGAAUCUCAGGUCUCAGCUUGAAGAGGAAGUAAAACUGCUGGGAGAUUCCAUGAGCCAGCUAAAGAUCGCCCAGCAAAAGUUUGGAGAUUCGAAAGAAAAUGUCAAGAAACUUAUUAACAAGGAGUCAGGAAAACCUAUUCUGGUACCACUUACAAGUUCUAUGUAUGUUCCUGGGACUCUUGAAAACACAACAUCAGUUUUAGUAAACAUUGGAACUGGUUAUUUUGUAGAAAAGGGGUUAAAGGAAGCUGAGGAAUAUUUUGGAAGAAAAGUGGAUCUGGUGACUAAACAGCUGGAACUACUGCAACCUAAAUUAAUAGAAAAACAUAAAUUAAGACAAGCUGUUCAGGAUAUGCUCAGUGCAAAAGUUCAAGCUCAAGUCCAAGCACAGUUAGGAGCCAUUCCAGCAAAGACUUAGAUAGUCACAUCAACAAAACUUAUUUGUCUUAAACUUUCGAUCAAUGCUUAGGGGUAGAUGUAAGCUGGAGUACCUUGGAAUGAAGGAGUUCUAUGUAACUCUUCUCUUCUGGGCUGUGAUAAGAAUGUUUAAUGUGUUUCCCCUUCUGAUGUGCUUACUCAACAUGUAUAACAUAAACUCUGCAAGUUCUGGUUUGGUACUUUCUUUUGCGUUCACAUUUUGCCGCAGGUAUAUUAUUUUUAACCCUUCGAAUGUGUGAUUUGCAAUUCUCCCAUCAAGUUGUUGUACAUUUCCUUGUUAAUUAGUAAUGAGAAUUUGGUGUUACAUCUAAUUCAAGCAAAUAUCCUGAAACUGUUAAGUUUAAGAGAUCUCGCUACCUAUCUACUUGACACUGUAAUGAUAUAGUAAGGAAAAGUAAAAAUGUUAAUCACUUCUUGUAGUUGAAGGAUUAAAUAACUCUUAUAAAAGGUUUUUAGAUGAUUGAAAUUUGAUCAAUUAAAUAAGUGAUCAUUUAUGAAGUCAUGCAGUUAAAUUUCAUAAGCUGCUAGAGUGAAUCAGUAUACCUUGUUCACUAUAUGCUAAUGAGUUUGUCACAAAAUGAUAUUGUGAAGAACAAUUUAGAACAGAUUUGAACACAUCAAUCCCUCAAGUGUGAAAUAGGUCACAAGAAUAUUAGGCGCAUGUUGGAAUGUACUAGACUGUACAAAACAAGUGUUAUUCUAGUUGAGGACAAGCCAUGAACAUUCUGUGGUGCCAAAAGGUAAUAGAUAUGCAUGUAUAUGUGUAGGUCUUUUGAAUAUACUUUCCUUUUUGUUUAUUUUUGUUACUUUACAUCACUACCACCCUACAAAAAAUCACCACCCUUUGCAGCAUUGGUUGAUUGAAUAAAUGUUCACAACUUUUCUUAAUUGUUCAUCUGAUUAGCAUGUAGUGAAAAUUCAUUAGUAUAUAUUAACAAACAGGUUAUACAAAUUUACUCAACUGGCUUCUGCUUAGAUCAUCCCAAUAUCAGAAAGGAGAAUCUUGACAGAGCAUGGAUUGAUUUAUCUUCACUGUGUGUUGCUAUGGAUGACAUUCUUUACAAAUUUAACCACUGUAAAAGAACAACUAGAGUUUACAGGUAAUAUUUGGUAGAACCCAGAAGGUUUUAACUUACUCUCAUCAAAUCGUUUUUAUUUAUUAGACUCCUGUAGACCAAGUAGUGGACUUUGUAAGAUCAUCAAGUUAGAAUGAUUUUUAAGUGUGUGCAAAGUUUGGUUUCCUGAAAUGGUGUUGACAGGUGCAGGCCAAUUUGCUAUUUUUCUUUUCUUUUUAGUUCUUUCGUUUUAGCAGGUUAACCAACAGUGUAAGACAUGAUCAGAAGUAAGGCUAUCAAUGCCAGAGUUUACUUGUUUGUGAAAAGCACAACAACACAGUGAUAUGCUAGUUCUAUGUGCCAUAUGAGCUUUAUUACAUUAGGUGUUCAUGCAGUGUAAUAUGAAGAAUUUAGAAACUGAAAU